AUGGAUCUUCUUCGGUCGGAGGCGAUGCAGUUGGCGCGGUUAAUCAUACCGAUGGAAUCCGCUCAUCGCACUAUAUCAUAUCUCGGUGAUCUAGGCCUUUUCCAGUUCAAAGACCUGAAUACUGAGAAGAGCCCAUUCCAAAGGACCUAUGCUGCUCAGAUCAAAAGAUGUGCAGAAAUGACACGCAAGCUUCGCUUUUUUAAAGAACAUAUGACAAAAGCUGGCAUUUUACCUUCAUCGAGAUCUACUCUUGCUACAGUUGUUAAUAUGGAUGACCUAGAGGUAAAACUUGGAGAACUUGAAAGCGAGUUAAUAGAGGUGAAUGCAAAUAAUGAAAAGCUACAACGAUCAUACAAUGAGCUUCUGGAGUAUAAGCUUGUAAUGCAGAAGGCCGGUGAAUUUUUCCAUUCUGCACAAAACAGUGCAGCAGCCCUGCAUCAGGAAAAUGGAUCACAGAUUCUUGGAGAGGGGUCAAUUGACAGCCCUCUUUUACUUGAGCAAGAAAUGUCUAUGGAUCCUGCAAAACAAGUUAGGCUGGGUUUUGUAAGUGGUCUCAUUAGCAGGGAAAAGUCGUUGGCCUUUGAGCGAAUUUUAUUUCGUGCAACUCGCGGCAAUGUCUUUCUCAAGCAAGUCGUUGUGGAAGAUCCUGUCAUUGAUCCUCUUUCUGGAGAUAAGAUGGAGAAAAACGUAUUCCUUGUGUUCUACUCUGGGGAGAGGGCCAAGUCAAAAAUACUUAAAAUAUGUGAUGCAUUUGGAGCCAACCGGUAUCCAUUCACUGAUGAUUUAGGCAAACAGUAUCAGAUGAUAACAGAGGUUUCUGGUAAGCUCUCAGAGUUGAAGAUAACCAUAGAUGCUGGACAGCUGCACCGAUUUAAUAUUUUACAGGCUAUCAGUUUUGAGUUUGAGCAAUGGAACCGUUUGGUGAAAAAGGAGAAGUCAGUUUAUCACACUUUAAAUAUGCUGAAUUUUGACGUGACAAAAAAGUGCCUAGUUGGAGAAGGAUGGUGUCCUGUCUCUGCCACAGAUCAGAUAAAAAGCUGUCUGCAGAGGGCCUCUUUGGAUAGUAACUCGCUAGUUGGAGCCAUAUUUCAGGUCUUGGAAACCCAGGAAUCACCGCCUACAUAUUUUCGCACAAACAAAUAUACUUCUGCUUUCCAGGAAAUUGUUGAUGCAUAUGGAGUGGCAAAAUAUCAGGAAGCAAAUCCAGCCGUUUUCACUAUCGUAACAUUUCCCUUUCUAUUUGCUGUUAUGUUUGGAGACUGGGGCCACGGAAUAUGCUUGUUUAUUGCUACCUUGUUUCUCAUAUUAAGGGAAAAGAAAUUGUCCAGCCAGAAGCUUGGGGAUAUUAUGGAGAUGGCUUUUGGUGGUCGUUAUGUUAUCAUGAUGAUGGCACUGUUCUCAAUAUAUACAGGUCUUGUAUAUAAUGAGUUUUUCUCCGUGCCUUUUGAAAUAUUUGGACGAUCUUCUUAUGCUUGCCGAGAUUCAUCGUGCAGGGAUGCUUCUACAGCAGGCUUGAUUAAGGUGCAUGGAACCUACCCUUUCGGUCUUGAUCCUAAAUGGCAUGGUACCCGAAGUGAGCUUCCAUUUCUCAAUUCCUUGAAGAUGAAGAUGUCAAUUUUACUUGGUGUUGCUCAGAUGAAUCUUGGAAUAAUUUUAAGUUAUGCCAACGCAAAGUUCUUUAAGAAUGAUAUAAACAUCCGGUACCAAUUUGUUCCCCAAAUGAUAUUUUUGAAUGGCCUGUUUGGCUAUCUGUCACUUCUCAUUGUCGUUAAAUGGUGCACUGGCUCUCAAGCUGAUCUUUAUCAUGUAAUGAUAUAUAUGUUCUUAAGUCCUACUGCUGAUCUGGGUGAAAAUCAGCUAUUUUUUGGCCAGAAGUUCCUCCAGCUUUUGUUGCUAUUUCUGGCACUUGUUGCUGUUCCUUGGAUGCUAUUUCCAAAGCCUUUUCUUUUGAAGAAACAGCAUGAGGAAAGACACCGUGGUCAAUUGUACGAGCCCCUUCAUAGCACCGAUGACUCGUUUGAAUUGGAAGUAGAUAGUGAUUCUCAUGGGCACGAGGAAUUUGAGUUCAGUGAAGUUUUUGUGCAUCAAUUAAUCCAUACCAUAGAGUUUGUCCUUGGAGCAGUCUCUAAUACAGCUUCAUAUCUUCGCCUGUGGGCACUCAGCCUUGCACAUUCUGAACUUUCCAGUGUAUUUUAUGAGAAGGUUCUGAUUCUUGCUUACGGGUUCAACAACAUCAUUAUUCUCAUUAUUGGCAUAGUUGUGUUUAUAUGUGCUACUGUUGGCGUAUUGCUGGUGAUGGAGACCCUAAGUGCUUUCCUCCACGCCUUACGACUUCACUGGGUGGAAUUUCAGAACAAGUUUUACGAGGGAGAUGGUUACAAGUUUUCUCCAUUCUCAUUUGCUUUAAUCAGUGAAGAUGAAGAAUGA